GUGUGUGUGCGUGUGUUCAUCCCACAGGACCGCCUAAGAACCGGUCGGACGACGUUUUGACUCAAGUCACCUGAGUGAAGGGCUGAAUGGAGAACUAGCUUUGCCGAAGCGAGACGGAGGGAGAGCUAAAGUGAAAGAGAAGGAGGGAGAGGAAACGAAAUUGCAGCAGCUCCGGGUACCAAGUCCACGCGGGGGGACAGCUCCGUGUCCGCGGCCGACAGCAGCUCCUCUUUUCUCCGCAGCUCUCACGCCUUUGUCGGACUUUCAAGCACCUGCUAAACUUUGUGUGUGUGUGUGUGUGUGUGUGUGUGGAUGAAAACACAGGCUGGUGGACUGUAGACCGCCGUGGUGACAGUUUGGUGUCCCACUUCGGAGGCGGGCUGUCCCGGGACAGACAGACAGAAACACACAUCUGUAAUAACAGCGACACACACACGCAGAACAAUCCCCCAGGGAGGAGGACUGUGCGCUUCACCAUGCCUGUGCGACAGAAAGAUGCGCAGCGGGCCCUGGAGCUUCUGCAGCAGUACCGGACCAAACUUGACCAGAGACAGCAGAACCAGGGCCGGGCCAAACAGGGCCUAGUGGAGGAGGACAGCCAGCUGCAGCAGUCUCUGGACAGAGUCAUCAAUGUCUUUCAGAGUCAGCUCUUCAGCGCUCUGCUUGACAUUCAGGAGUACUACGAAUUGACCAUCCUUCAAGACAGCAAGGGCUCUGUGGUACAGACCGACAGUCCAUGGACCCUCCCUGCUUCCUGUAACCUGCCAUCAGAGCCUUCAGCUGAGCCACAGGCAUUAUCUGGUCCCCUGAGCCAUCACGCUUCUGGAGGACCAUCCCAGCCAAAACCACUGACCCACAGACCCAAGUCAAUCAAGUCCCCUGCCCCUCCAAUCCCUUCUGGAACACCCACAACAAAGCCAUCUUCCCCUACAACACCGUCCAUUACACCUCCAUCACAGCCUGCCAAGGUCAAGUACCGUGCUCCUCUCCCUCCAGUCCAGCCUGGAGCCUCCAAAUCAUUGGCAUCAGAUACUCCCAAGCCAUCUUCUCCCUCUGCUGCCACAGUGGCAGUGAAUGGUGCAGAAAAUCCCAAUGGCUCCACAAAACCACCUCCUGAAGUAUCACUGAAUGGGAUAAAGCCACAACUUACUGCCACCAACUCUCUUUCUUCAGAAAGUUCCACCACCUCUGCCGGUCCACAGAAAAGCUCAGUCUCUCCAGACCUCAACCUGGUGACUGUGUCUGCCCUCGUAUCCAGCACCAUCCAAGGCUUUGUGUCACCAACCACCCCAGACAAAUUAACACCCACCAGCUCAGGUCUUAACAGAGUCACAGAUGAUACCACAGUCUCUACAGCUCAUGCAAACAGCAAGGACCCAGGUGUGCGCAGAGUAACUCCUAGCAUGAGUCCAACGAGCCCAAACCAUGGAAAAUUUACCUUCAGCAGUCGUAGCCCCACAUUUCCUCAAGGAGCUUUGACUAAAGGGGCUCAUCUGAGUCCAACCAGCCCCGGGCCAGAAACAGUCACUAGCCCCAGCCAUGGUCCAGUCAGCCCCAGGUCAGCUAUCGGCCCACUGACCCCCAACAAGAAGUAUCGGUAUCAAGAAGAGGAAGGGGCAUCACCAGGUGCCCCAAAACUCCACCAACACCCUUGCCAUCAGCACUCAAUGGGAUUCAGAGAACUGAGGGACGGAGGGACCCUGGGGAGGGAUGGAGGGACCCUGGGGAGGGACGGAGGGACCCUGGGGAGGGACGGAGGGACCCUGGGGAGGGACGGAGGGACCCUGGGGAGGGACGGAGGGACCCUGGGGAGGGAAGUUGGGACCCUGGGGAGGGAUGGAGGGACCCUAGGGAGGGAUGGAGGGACCCUAGGGAGGGACGGAGGGACCCGAGGGAGGGAGGGGGGGACCUGGAGGAGAGACAGAGAGGGCGCCGGGCCCAUGGAGAGAGAAAGGGAGCGAUCACUGGGGAGGGACGGAUCUCUCCGUCGACACGGUGACCUGCGGGGUGCGGCGCUGGUUCAGGUGGCGGAGCGACAGCUGUCUCAGAUUCAACACGUUCACGGAUACGUCACUCACGCGCACAUCACACCUGCUCAGGUAGAAUCACCUGAGGUCCCCUUUGAUGACGAGGCAUGGCCUCACCCAGAGGAAGAGAGGCUGAGUGAAGUCCCAGCCCCGCCUUUCUCCUCCCUCUAUUCACACAGCCACAGCUACUACCAGGCCAACCCCCCUCCAGUGGUGGUCAACACCGACAGUGUCGACACCCCCCCAUAUGUCAAUGGAACAGAAGCAGACUAUGAGUAUGAGGAAAUCACGCUGGAGCGGGGUAACUCAGGUCUGGGGUUCAGUAUUGCUGGAGGGACCGAUAACCCUCACAUCGGAGAAGACCCCUCUAUCUUCAUCACCAAGAUUAUACCUGGAGGGGCCGCAGCCCAGAAUGGACGACUCAGGGUGAAUGACUGUAUAGUCCGUGUAAAUGAGGCAGACGUCAGGGAGGUGACCCACAGCGGGGCUGUGGAGGCGCUGAAGGAGGCGGGAGGUCUGGUGAGACUAUGCAUACGGCGCCGGAGGAGCCUCACUGAGAGAAUCAUGGAUAUCAAGCUGGUCAAAGGGCCCAAAGGUUUAGGAUUCAGUAUAGCAGGUGGAGUUGGGAACCAACACGUCCCGGGCGACAACAGUAUCUACGUGACAAAGAUCAUCGAGGGAGGGGCUGCACACAAAGACGGACGGCUACAGAUAGGGGACAAACUUGUAGCUGUCAACGCCUCCUGUUUGGAGGAGGUCACCCAUGAGGAGGCAGUGGCUGCCCUGAAGUCGACUCCCGACGUUGUUUACCUCCGUGUGGCCAAACACACCUCCCUUUUUAUCAAUGACAACUUCCCUCCACCUGACGUCACUAAUUCGUACUCCCCUCACCAAGACAACCAUAUAAGCCCCUACAUGAGCGGCAGCCAAUCUGUUAGCCCCGCCCCAUUGACCACACCCAGAUACUCACCACUGCCCAGGGCCAUGACGGGAGACGACGACAUCCCAAGGGAACCCAGGCGGGUGGUGCUCCAGCGGGGGUCCACAGGUCUUGGUUUCAACAUAGUUGGAGGGGAGGAUGGAGAAGGCAUCUUUAUCUCCUUCAUUCUUGCUGGAGGUCCAGCUGACCUCUGUGGGGAGCUACGAAAGGGAGACCGCAUCUUGUCGGUGAACGGUGUGGACCUGUCCACUGCAACACAUGAGCAGGCAGCCGCUGCUCUGAAGAACGCAGGACAGACUGUUACCAUAGUAGCACAGUACAGACCGGAGGAGUACAGUCGUUUCGAGGCGAAGAUCCAUGACCUGAGGGAACAGAUGAUGACCAGCAGUGUCAGUUCCAGCUCCACAUCACUCCGCUCCACACAGAAGCGCACACUUUACGUCAGAGCGUUGUUCGACUACGACGGAAGUACGUCAGAUCUGACCACGCCCAAUCAGGCUCUGCCAUUUCAUUUUGGGGAUAUCCUCCAUGUUAGCAGCGCUGGAGAAGAGGAGUGGUGGCCCGCCCGCCACCUCAGCCCCCCGCCUCCGGACUGCCCUGAAGUCGGAGUCAUCCCCAGCCGCAGGAGGGCAGAGAAGAAGGAAAGAUCGAGGUUAAAGACGGUCAGAGUGACAAGGUCUCAGGACAGAUCGGAUCAGGAUGAUAAAGAGCUGGUAACCUCUGGCACCAGCGAUAGUGAGAGUUGUUCCUCUGGCCAGGAGGAGACUCUCCUCACCUACCAACCUGUCAUGCAGCAGGAAGUUAAUUACACGCGGCCAGUCAUCGUGCUUGGACCAAUGAAAGAUCGAGUCAACGAUGACCUCAUCUCCGAGUUCCCUGACAAGUUUGGCUCCUGCGUCCCUCACACUACGCGGCCGCGGCGAGACUACGAGGUGGACGGCAGGGAUUACCACUUCAUGUCCUCCAGAGAGCUCAUGGAGCGAGAGAUCCAGGAGCACAAGUUCAUCGAGGCUGGACAGUACAACAACCAUCUGUAUGGAACCAGCAUACAGUCUGUCAAAGAAGUCGCUGAGAAGGGUAAACACUGUAUUCUGGAUGUAUCAGGGAACGCCAUAAAGCGUCUCCAGCUGGCGGGCCUCCAUCCCAUCGCUAUCUUCAUUAGACCACGCAACGUCGACAACAUCCUAGAGAUGAACAAGCGUUUCACCGAGGAGCAGGCGAGGAAGACCUUUGACAGAGCUGUCAAACUGGAGCAGGAGUUCACAGAGUACUUCACCGCUGUAGUCCAGGGCUCAACUCUAGAGGAGGUGUACACGCAGGUGAAGCAGGUGAUCGAGGAGCAGUCCGGUCCUUACAUCUGGGUGCCCACCAAGGAGCGGCUCUGAAUAAACACACACAUGUUCACACACAUCACUCUCUCAACACCUCCUACUUCUCUAAUUUUCUAUUAUCAGCCUGCGUCCUCUCUCUCUUUCUCUCUCUCUUACACACACACACACAUCACUACAGUCCACACACACAUUUACACAAGCACAUGAAGUCAGAUGAGGCUGGGACUAUCUGGGACUGCUGCUUCCUGAUUUGGGAGGAGCUAUAGUCUGUCCAGCAGCCUAUUGGUGGAUCUUCCUACAGCUUGGUUCCUUAAUGUUUAAGGAGGUGGUUCAAAUCAAGGCGACAUGUACCAUUAUCUGAUUUUAUUUCAUUAUUGUUCUUCUUAUUGUUGUUGUCGUUGUUGUUUUCAUAUUAACGAAGGGUAAUGCAUUCAUGUAUGGGUUUGUAAUGAUAAUAUUGUCACCAAGAGGCAGACUUUUGCACGCUGUAGCUUUAAGAGCAUGUUUUUGGGACAAAAUUUUGAUCUCCUUCCCGUCUGUCUGUCUGUCUUCCCUCAUGGCAUCGCUCCUGUUUAGAGCUUCUCUCUCUCUCUCUCUCUCUCUCUCUCUCUCUCUCUCUCUCUCUCUCUCUCUCAUCUUCUUUCUAUCUUUCUCUCACAUCCUGUCCCUCCUUCCUCCUUUCCUCUUCAGACUUCAGAUAUGAGGUAUGCCCCGGCGUUUUGGUAUCAAGGGCCAAAAUAAAACUAUAGUACAACUACUGUUUAGAGAAGUAGCAAGAGAAUAAUCAUAAGGCACUAAACCACCAGACACUUAACUGUUGAUACUUAUCAUAAGAACCAGAAACUCUGAAUCAAAGCUUGAAUAGAAGCGUUAGAUUUAUUUAAACUAGAUAAAGUAUGGAGUACUAUCCUGCAAUUUUGCUCUUGAAGGGCCAUACACACAUUAAAAAAAAAACAAAAAAGGCCUCACAAUAGUUUUAGAGUCCAUUUAGAGGCCUGGGCUCGUAUUUAUCAAAUAUCUGAGAAUUAUUCGUCAUAGACUCAAAAAAGUUAUUCACUAAAAGUGAGGAAAGCUGCAUUUAUCUCACAUCUAACUCCUAUUUGUAGUGAAGUGUAGUUAUAACCUUCAACAACAGCCUCCAUGUGAUCCUGUGAAUAAUUACAUGCUCAAAGUAGGAACAGCCAAUCAGAGACAAGGACUUAUGGAACAUCUGCCCUCCUUACUGUCUUUAAAAAUGAAUAUAUUUCACGCAGCGAUUUCUAGAAAAAAAAAAAACAUUACAUUUGUUCCUCAAAUAGAAAUGAACAUGUGAAAUGAACAUCAAUCUAAAAUAACUCAUACAAAUAGAAUCAAAUAAUGGGAAAGAGGACAAAACAGAAAAGAAAAGUGAAGCAUGAAAUGAAUUCUGCUGCUAGUACAUGAGGUACACCAGAGUGAACAGAUACUAAGGGUCAUCAUGCCACAUUUAGAUUGUUUGAUAGCCUGAUGUUGAAGAAAGCAAAUAAAAUACACUCAAAUCACAUGUCAGUAAUUGUUAGGUUUACCCUAUUCGGACUUAGAAUCACUGCUUCAGCUAUGAACAAACACGCAGUAAUUUCUGCCACUUGGAGUCUGUUUCAAAACAACCAAAACAAAAAACAUAGCUUGAUGUCACAAAGUAGCGUGGGAUUGUGGGAGUUGUUGUCUUCAUUGUUCAAACAACCUCCAUCACUGAUAAAAAUCUAUUUGACGUAAAAUGUUUGUAGAUGCUGAAAAUGCUUAAAAGGCUUGUUUAGUCACAUGCCGACCUCUUUCCAAUCCCUAGCUCCAUUCACACUGCCGUUUGCAUGUGGGGAUCCUGCGAUCCUCCAAUUCUCCGCCUCCUCCUCUGUGUGAAAGUUUCAGACACGGCGAGGGGUGAAACCUCUCUCCGCCGCUGAUCUGCUUCUUGAGGUAGUAACAGGGCCGUAUUAUUGGUGAACCGAACCAGUGUGAAUGGAUAAGCCGGGGGCGCGGAGCGGGGAUGUGUCGGUCGUACAGACUGAUAACUGACUCAACUUAAUAAAGAGAAAUUUCCCACAAAGCAGCAUUACAGGACCAAACAACAGUAAUGUAUUGACUGUAACUGUCUUUGGCAACUUAUAUGAGGAAAAAAAUACUGCAGAUAUAAGUGGAGAAGCGCCUGUCCUCCCGCCCGUCCUACCAACUAUUUGUCACAUUUCUGCCUGAAAAACAGCGUCUGUCACAAGCAAAAAACUUCCAGCAUCCAUAUGAUUAUAAACCGUCCGCGGGUUUAUAUUGACAAGGGGACACCUGGGAAACACCUUGAAAACACACUGACGUCAUCAUCAUAACAUGUACCAUCAGGUCUCUUUAAGAGCCGCAGCGCCGGCUUUCUGUGUGAAUUACACAGCGGUUCAUCUUUAAGGCGGAGAUGCUUCGCUCCGUGUGAAUCACUCUGUGUGAAAAUUGGUGAACCACCGCUCCAGAGAUAAUGACGCUGUGUAAAAAGGGCUGCUGACCUCUCUGAAAGUUUAAGCAACAGGAGACCAAAUGAAAUGCUCCUGCCUUGAGUAAAAUCACAGAUUCAUCUUAAACAUUGUUGGAAACAUUUGGGAUAAUGUAAGUACACAACUCAACAAAUUCUAUUUUUAAAAAGAUCAAGUUGUUUGUAGAGGACAUCUGGUUGAUAAAUACGGGCCCAGAGUCUCUGUCCUACAAGUUUUUCUCUGCCUCCCCUCCUCAUCCUCCUCCUCUCUGUCUCAUGCCUUCAUCCCACGCCUCCUCUCCUCCACAUUCACAGUGUGACAUUAGUUGAGCACUCCGACUUUAAACAGUGUAUCAUCUUCAUCAACAUAAUCAUAAUCAUCAGCAUCAUCUUUAGAGCUUUCCUUCUUACUGUAGUUGCACUAAUGAGGGCUGGUUUCUUAAAAGCAUCUGACAGAACUGAUACCAUCCCCGUGUUUCUGGUGUUCGGAUGUGUGAUACACUCACUUUUCUUUCAGCUGUCGGGGGUGAUUAUGCUCAUUUGGCAGAGGGAGCGAUUGGUUUUUGCGGUCAUCUCAUUCUGCUGUAUGUCAUGCUACUGAUGCGUAGCAAAAGAAAUCAGCGACAUGUUUUUUUUUCAUGCUGGAUUUAUGAACUUUCUGCUCCAGUGUGCAUUAAUUACACCUGAAACUGGCUCAGUUUGUGACCUCAGUGCUCCAUAUGUUGCUCUAAAUGUUGCUCCACAGUUACAGGCACAUGGUGGGCAAUGAAAAGUGUUGCUUUCAUCUGUUAUUCAGAAAAAAGGUUCUGUCUUCACAGGUAUUUUUCAUGAUCUUGCAGAUGUCGACAGUUUGCUCACAAAGAUAAAAUGUUCUAGCAUGUUCACAGCCGUCCAGUGGACCUGCACACAGGACUAGAAAGUACCCUGUGGAGUUUUUCGCCACUGUUUUGAGAACACGCUUUGAAAUGUAGUCCACUUCCAAAACAAAGUUUCAUUUUGGGCACUGUUGUCUGCUUUAUAGGUGCUAAAAACAAAUACGUAGCCUAUCGUUGCUGGUUUUGUCAGUCACGUGACCCUCGCUUUGCACUAAGGUUCUCCGAAGUAUCAACACUUAAGUACUUUUCAGUACCAUGUAUUUCUUCAGAUUGUUUGCUGCUUGAAGAGAAACUAACUCGCUUCACAACAGGUGAACACAAGUCGCAGAAUGUGUUAAACUUAACUUACACUGAACACAAAAAACGAAGACCUAUGUUGUACAGUAUAAAGCGCGGGCCUGGGUCGACACCAAGCCUUUUUCUCCAAUUAACACGUGGUGCUAAAUAUUUGUCUUAGUUUUUGUAAGUGCUGUGAAGAAAUGUUUGUGGGCAUUGUGUCUGAAGUGGGUCCCUCUUUGUAUCAUGCACGAGCAGGUGGACACCCACAGGCAGCAUCAUUAAAGGUGCAAAAUGUAAGCCAGUCAAAUUUAGAAAACACAGGGGCUGCAUAUCGCUGGAGUAACUGCUAACUGCUGCUAACUGUAGCUGCUGUUAGCUGAGUUAGCUGUGCAGCUAAUAAUCCAGGCUGGGAGUUUGGAGUGUUUGUGUUUACACUGCUAGCACAGGAUUUUUAGACAAGGACCGGUCCUUACUAGCUGCUUAGCUAGUUACCUUCAGUGUCUUUGUAACACAAUUAGAGGCUAGCUGACAUAAUGUCUGCACUGUGGUUCACAUUCAAGCGAUCAGUUUAAGUUGAUUUUUGAAUGUUUUCAACAGAAACUCUUGCAUAUUGCAUCUUUAACAUCAUGCCAUGACUUUUACGCUAUAUUGCUGACUGAUCAACAUUUCGGGCGAGAUCAGCUGUGAAUGUAACUUUUGAUUGUUUACACACACAAAAAAAAACUGUCAGUGUUUGGAACUACACUGUUGAAAUGCGCAUUUAGCUUUGGGCAAAAUAAUUUAAGAAAGUAGGCGUGUUAGAUCAUGAAAAUACCUUUGAAGACACAAUCCACUGCUGGUUAACAGGGAAAGAAAUAAUUUAUCUUGUCCCUCAAAACAACUAUAAUCAAUAUUUUUAUAAUUGCAGUGUAUCAAUGACAAUGUGAAAAUGAUGUGACAAUGUGAAAGGGGUUGCUUGUAUAGAGAAUCUGAAUCUGCAGCUCCCCUCUGCUUUGCUUUACAGCAAAUUUUAGAGAAUUGUUUGGCUGUCUGGCUGCAACUUUACUGUUUUUGUUCGCUGUCAUCGCUCUCAUAGUGAAAAAGCUCUAAAAACCCACUGCUAGCUGGUGCACAGAGUCAACCAUUUAGCAGGUGAAGAGCCAGAUAUUUUCCUCAGGAGUUGGUGGAGACCAAAGAUGGAGCUAAAAGAGAUUGAUGUCACAAAUGAUGCUAUCCUGAGAGUCUAGGCUGUCAACAUUUGGAUUACAGAGAUGCUUUUGGUAACACAGCCCUUCGAUGGACCUUGUCAGCCAUCCACUCCCCAUCAUCACCCUCAACCCCCGAGGCAACUCCUCCAAGCUGACUGGAGACCAGAGACACACAGGGGCACCAUUCUGUCAACAGAGUAGCUCUUUGACCCCAAUAUUCAAUAGUUUUGACCACCUGUGUUUUGAGAGCUUUAAUAUUUCCUCACAGAAUGUUCAGCUAAAUUAUUUCUUUCCAUGUGUAAUCCUGUAGUAAGCCAGUGGUGUCGUCAGUUGACAGAACAGGACUCUCUGUGUGACUCUGGCUGUGUUAAAGCCAGGGGACCAUGCCACUGUCUGUUAGAGUAAAGCACCGAUGCAAAGAAUCUAUUACAGAGAUGGAUCUAUAUCUAACAUAUUAUAAUAUUUAUCCCUGCUCUAACUGCCUAUUUUGGUACAAAAAAAAAUAAAAGUCUUUAUUGAGAUUUACUCGAGGAUC